UAUUGAUAUUCAUUGUUGCUUCUGCAUUUUGGAUUACCUCUGUACUUGGUUAUCUUGGCUAUGUGGUGGGCCUUUUACUCUAAAUUUAUCUGUAAGGACUAACUUUUUGCCCUUUGAUGAAAGUACCUUCCCCUGAGAGGAUGGGCAUAUAUGUUUGCCAGAUGUCCUGACAUUACUGCCAAUCUGGGACCACCUUCAAAUUAAACUCAAGGCUUCACAUAGUUUGGACACCCAAAGUUUCCAGCCAGAGGGAUGAUUCUGUGCUAGGGUGAGUUCAGGUCACUUGAUCCUCCUCCUGAGGAUAUAGCCCUUUUUGUAUGGGGACAGUCUUUGUUAGAAUCCUUACUUUGUCGGGGGGGGGGGGGGGGGCAGAAAUGAUUGCUGUUCCCUGUGUCCUAUGAGACAUUGAAAGGGCAACUUAUAUUUUUCUGGAUUAGUAAGUGCUUUCAGAACAAAGGCAGUUUCCAUAUAUGUUUGUCCUCUGGAUUCCCAUUUGUGCCUUAGUUUUGGGCUAGUAAUUCUUUGUCAUUAGCUCUUAGAUGAAGUUAUGUUUUUUGUUUUAAAUCUAGUUCUGUUCAUUAUUCACAGCCUAAGGAUUGGUCCAAAUAAAUGGUCAGCCAGUAUUGAAAAGAGAAACUUGUCAUUCAAAUUCUAACUCAGUGCUCACUUCGGCAGCACAUAUACUAAAUUCUAUUUCAGAUUCAGUAAGCCACACUACUAUGUAGGAUAACACUGGUUACUUGAAUUUUCAUGUCUACUGUUAGUGGUAAAUCAACUCUUGAUGAUUUUUUAAAAUAAAAUACGGUAGUUUACCUUUAUGCCAUAGUAGUAAGUAAAGUGUAUCCUGAAUGAAAAGAUAAAUGGCUUUUCAAAAAAUGUGUACAAUAUAUAAAUAUCUUAUAAUACAAUUAUAAUAUUGUACAUGUUCCUGUGGAAAAAGGCAAUCUGAAUAGGUAUUAACCUCAGGAUAUGCCAUGUAUAUCACUUAGAAAAAAUAAUUUGUUGGGGUGCUUGGGUGGCUCUGUCGGUUGAGUGUCCGACUCUUGAUUUCGGCUCAGGUCAUUAUCUCAGGGUCUUGACAAAGCCUGCUUGGGAUUCUCUCUCAUCCUCUCUCCCUGCCCAUCCUCCCCUGCACAUGCUCUGUCUCUCUCAAAAUAAAUAAAUACACAUUAAAAAAAAAAAGAAAAAGUAAUCUGUCUUUUAAAAGCCAUGUGUGUUGGUGAGAGUCCUAUAUAUUGAAGAUUGUAGCUAGUUAAAAUUGGGCCACUUGAUAUUUGCUCUAAGAUUAGGUUUUAUUUGCUAAAAAAUCUAAUGAAUUUAGUCCUCUGUGUGACUGAAUUUUGGAAGCUCAGUCAGAUGACUAUCUCUAUACUCAUAAAGAUAAGAUGACUGUGAAAUACAUUUUAACAUAAACAUAACUGCUUUUAAAAUUGAGUAUUCAGGGGCCUGGGUGGCUCAGUUGGUUAGGUCAUGAUCUUGAUUUCAGCUCAGGUCAUGAUCUUGUGGUUCAUGACGUUGAGCCCCACAUCAGGCUCCACACUCAGCUUGGGAUUCUCUUCCUCCUCUUCUCUCUGCUCCUGUCCAACUUGUUCUCUCUCUCUCUCAAAAAUAAAUAAACAAAUAAAUAAAAUUGAGUGUUCAUUGCGAGGAACAGUUUUAGACUUUUAAUGUAGCUCUAAAAUUCACAUAACAAAGAAUUUACAAUAUUUUAAUAGAGGAUGUCUACAUUUUAUAGUGAAAACUAUAUUAAACACUUUUUGACAACUUACCUAAAAGUCUUGCUAUGUUUUUAGCUUGGAUAUUUGUAUUGUUUUUAUUUCUUUUAUCUUCUUGAAUAAGUUACUAAUACCUAUAAUUAAAUACAAUCUACCAUACUAGCACUUGGUAUUUUUCUAGGAAUUUGAUAGGAUGAGGCUUUGCAUACAUGUAAAAAUACUUUCUUUUUAUUCGGAAGAAUUAAAAUGAUAGGCAUGCUUAAAUUCAAUAGUUUUGAGAGAUGAAACAGUUUCAAUUUCUACUGUAUUGGUCACAAGGUAAAGGCGUGCUUUUGAAUCUGGCUCACUAUAGCUGAAUGCUUGCACCAGAAAUAGGAAAAUCACAUGUCCUUCUUGGCAUAAGCUCUUUUGAGAAUGACAGUUUGAAUAUUGUAAUCCUACCUUGGUUUUAACUAUCUGUUGUUAUGCCAGCUGCUAUAUUUCUCCAUCCUCCUAAACUCAGAAGGACAUAAAUGGAUUUGAAAUGCAUCAGUCGAACAAUUGGAUUUAGACAAGUCAUUUGGGAUUCGAGAUUUGAUGAUGAGCUAAUCGGUUAAAGAUAGUACAAGGAGAUUUUUGAAUGGCCACAGUAGUCUUGAAUUUAUGUACUGAAUCAUUACUCAGAUUUUAGUUUCCUUGUUUUUCUUUCAAACCUUACUUUCUGUAUUGUUUGUAUAUUUUGGGAACUUUGCUUCAGAAGCUGUGCUACUUUUGAAGGAGACUGUUUUAUAUGAGCGUGUUGUCAGUGUAUGUUGAUGUUACAAGAUGAAUUUCUUUUUUUUAAGUUUAUUUAUUUUGAUGUUGAUUUUUGAGAGAGAGAGAGAGAAAGAGACAGAGAGAGAAAGAGAGCGCAAGUGGGGGAGGGGCAGACAGGGAGACACAGAGUCCUAAGCAGGCUCCAAGCUGUCAACACAGAGCCCAAUGUGGGGCUUGAACUCACAAACCCUGAGAUCGUGACCUGAGCCAAAGUCCGACACUUAACGGACUGAGCCGCCCACGUGCCCCACUACUUAUUUAUUUUGAGAGAGAGAGAGAGAGAGAGAGAGAGAGAGAGAGAGAGCGUGUGAGCGGAUGUGUGCAAGUGCAGAGGAGGGGUAGAGAGAGAGGAAUUUCUAAUUGUAGUUUGCAUUGCAAGUCACAUUUUGUAACUGUUUGGUAGCUCAGAAGUUUGAAUGCAAAAUUUGAAGCAGAAUUGAGAAUUCCACGUCACCGGUUCAAGUGUAGACUGUCAUUCUUGAAAGCCAUUGUUUUACCUUGGCCUGAUGUAUGUGCUGUUCGUCUGGCAUUGGAAAACAGAGGAACGACUCCCCGUAGAGAAUAGUGUGAAACAGAAUUUCAGUCGGAGGAAUUGCUUGGGAGUCAGUUGGGACGCUUUAGUAUGUACCCCACAACUUCCAUUGAUUAUGGGGUUCUACUUUGAGUUUGGUUUUUGUUAGCUACAGUGUUAGGGUGAAUGAAAAACUUUUUUUUUUUUUUUAAUUUUGAUUUAGAGGGUGGGAAGGAAAAGGUUCUACUCGAAAUAACUUUUUUUUUUCUUUUUAAUUGAGUUUCUACCUUAGACAUCUAGACAUCAUCUGCCUAGUCCAGCUCCUCCACUUUAUAGACUUGGGAAGUCUGGCCCAGAGAAUUUUUUGAUUCUCAAACCAUAUGAGGUAGAGGACUAGGUUUUUCUUCCUCCCCAGGGUAUGGCAGGCCAAUAAUUUUGUAAAGUACAAUAAAAAUGAAAUACCAGUAAAUAAUUUUAAAAUAACAUACACAAUUCUAGAUGCUUCCUCUUAAUUUCUGUGCUUAUUUCAAUGUAGAUGGAUUACAAAGAGUUCUGGGACUAGAAUAGUCCAUAGACCAUAUUUGGUAUAUCACUGUCAAGGUAGGCGUUGGCAGACUGUCAUAUACGGGCCAAAUACAGCUCACCCCUUGCGUUUUGUAUGUAAGCUAAGAAUUGCUUUUACAUUUUUCAGUGAUUUUUAAAAAAAUCACAGUACUAGUAUUUUGUGACACAUGAAAACUAUAUAAAAUUAAUAUGUCACUGUCCUUAACUAAAAUUUUAUUGAAGUGCAGCCACACACAUUCUUUUAAGUAUUGUCUGGAGCUACUUUUCCCCUGUAAGGAUGAGGCUGAGGCAGGGAUGAGUAGUUGAGACAGAGACCAUAUGGUCUACAGAGCCUGAUAUAUUUACUAUCAGACCCUUUGCAGAAAAAAUAAAGAUUUAAAGAGCUGGCUCUAGGACAAAGCAUUGAAUUAGUAGUUAGUGGUAGAGUUGAGAGCACAAACAAGGUCUCCAUUUACAAAUGUGCUUUAAAUAUUGUCGUUAGCUGCUGUGUAGUACAGGCUCCAUGCUUAGUGCUUUGCCUGCCACGGUUCUGUAAACUUCCCAGCACUGCCCUUUUACACAAGUUAGAGAAUUGUUAGCUUACUUCUAGUUAUAGAUGCCUUUAUUGCCCCUAAAUCUCUCUUCUUUUUAAAUUUUUAUGUUUACUUAUUUUUGAGAGAGAGAGAGAGAGAGCACAAGCAGGGGAGGAGCAGAGAGAGACGGAGGCACAGAAUCCAAAGCAGGCUCCAGGCUGUGAGCUGUCCGCACAGAGCCUGAUAAAGGGCUCGAAUCCACAAACCAGGAGAUUGUGACCUGAGCCAAAGUCGGACACUUAACCGACUGAGCCACCCAGGCGCCCCCCCCAAAACUCUUAAUUCUACUGAGUUUUGGUUUUUAGUUAACUGCUCUCCAGUUAACUAAAAAUGAUUGAAUAUUUUCUAAUGUAGAUUUUGUUGUCAGCAUCUGCUUCAGAAAAUUCAACUUCUUCCCUGUUGCUACUUUAGUUUGCACUGUUUCUGUGCGUUCAGGUCUAAUGAAAGAAAUACAUAGGACUCAGAAUCUUUAGAAAACAGAUAUUUUUAGUAACAAGAUUGCUUCUUUAAAAGUCACCUAAAAUAAAGCAAAACUGCAGCCAAACUUAAUGGCAGAUUUCUAUUGUAAAAUAGCAGAAAUAUAAUAGGUAAAGUACUAGUUACAACAAAAAAGAUUGAGAUUUUAGGUGACUUUUGGAGAAACAAUAAGGCUUUCAGGUUUUUUCCUCUACCUCAUAAACUGCAAAAUAAAAGCUCCCAUCAUACAAUUAUCAAGCCUUGUUAAAUGAACAUACUGCUUUACUUAUUUAAAGCAGGUCUGAAGUUCUCAAAGUAUGCAGUAAAAAAACUCUGCUUUUCAUGGGGCUGUUACUUCUUUGUUUUCCUACCCUUUGCAUGUGAUCACUCAGCUACUAAAUAAAGAUAGAGCCAUAGCUGUCAGCUUUACGUUUGAUACAUGAGUCCGCUUCAUGAUAAAGACCCUUUAUAAGCCAAACCUUCAUGUUGGGAUUUCUUCUUGGAAUUAAAAAAAAACAAAAACAAAAACACAACUGUUGCCAUGAAAGCUUAUUCAUUGUGAUGAAAGAGUAACCACGGUUUGAGAUUGUGGUACUUGCUAUUUUAUUCUGUUUACUCUUGAGUCAGUGUGUAAACAUCUGGAAAAUAAUUAUGAUUGCUUUCAUUCAGAGAUGAAAUAAUAUGGAAAGUCCUGGCAAAAUCUCACUCCCAUCUUCUCAGCCCUGGCUAGUUUUUACUAUCCCACAUCUGAGAGUGGCCAAGAUUUAGUGCAAGAGGUGCUGAUGAACACUGUUCCGGCAGCUGCGUCCUAAUUCCAGAUAAGGCUAUUCCUUUGUACUUUAUAACGAAGCCAUUGACUAGAUGGCUUAUGGAUUAAAGGAGGGGGAAGAGCUUUAUAAACAGCAGGACCUAUUACUUAGUAAUACAGGAGGAUUGCCUUCCAUAUAUUCCCAAGGAAUGUGUGUACUUUAGCUUGGAAGUGUCAAUGAAUGAAAAUUCGGGACUCACCAACAGCAGUGGCUCCGACGUUUUUAGACAUUAUAUAACAUCUCUUUAACCACUUAUUUGAAUAUGACAUUUCUGCUUUGUUUUAAAUUUAUGUUGUAGUAUAGUGGUAAAUGGUAACAGCUACUGUUCUCAGCAGGACACAAAAUCUUAACUAUUUGAACUGUUAGAAGAACUUGUAAUUGAACCCUGCUUGUUUGGACUAGUUGUUAUUGUAUUUAGUAGCCUAACCGUCCGUUGGGUGGUAUUACAGCAACACCCGCCAUCCCUCCACGCCCAUGUGCUCACAUACCAGGUGUGGCGGGGAAGUGUUUUGGAUUAAUAAAUCAUUACAUCUGGAUUUGACUCAAACAGUACUUCUCUCCUUUGGGAGCCUCCAUGUCUAAGAAUUCUCCGUAGCUACUUUCUACCUAAUACGUGUAGCAUGUGCAGCAUUCAUUCCUUGGCAUAUAUCAUAGUGAUAUUCUGCUUCUAAACAUUUUUUAUGGAAAGAAUUAUUGCAGACGGCAGUUCUUUUUUGCAGCCUGACUGCAGGGGAGCAGGGUUGCAUGCAUUCCUAUGUCCGUUAAACUUCCUGGAAGCAAGCCAGUAUGUUCUGGUGAGUUUCCUGUGCAAGCAGCGAGCCACUAAAAGGCUUGCACGGUAUUACAACUCUUCUGAGGAGAGGAAGCGUUAGGAAAUUCAGCAGUAAAGCAGCAGCAACAAGCAGCCACAGUGGUAGUAAAGAUAGGGAGGUUCCCGGUUAGCGUAUUUCCCAGUGUGAGGCAGUGAGCACACAGCUUCCCAUUCCGCUGCCUGAAGGAGGCAAACCAAAACUGGCUUCUCGCAAGAUUUUUCUAGUUUCAUGUUUAUGAUGCUAAGUCAUGUGAUAAUACUGUACCACAAGUUGCCAACUUUGCUUUACUCUAGAGAGGAUCCUCUGCUGCAGUGCUUUUUUCCCACCUUUCUGUGUCUUUCUUUCUUCUUUUUUUUUCUUGAAAGAGAAAAAACCGUGCAAUUGCUGCUGCAGCACGGAGCCGAUCCAAACAUUCGGAACACUGAUGGGAAAUCAGCCCUGGACCUGGCCGACUCUUCAGCGAAAGCUGUCCUCACAGGUGAAUACAAGAAAGACGAACUCCUAGAAGCUGCUAGGAGUGGUAAUGAAGAAAAACUAAUGGCUUUACUGACUCCUCUAAAUGUGAAUUGCCAUGCAAGUGAUGGGCGAAAGUCUACGCCUCUACAUCUGGCCGCAGGCUACAACAGAGUGCGGAUAGUACAGCUUCUUCUCCAGCAUGGUGCUGAUGUUCAUGCAAAAGACAAAGGUGGACUUGUGCCUCUUCAUAAUGCAUGUUCAUAUGGACAUUAUGAAGUCACAGAACUGCUACUUAAGCAUGGAGCUUGUGUCAACGCUAUGGAUCUCUGGCAGUUCACUCCACUCCAUGAGGCUGCUUCCAAGAAUCGUGUGGAAGUCUGCUCUCUGUUACUUAGCCAUGGUGCUGAUCCUACACUAGUCAAUUGCCAUGGCAAAAGUGCUGUAGAUAUGGCUCCAACUCCUGAGCUCCGGGAGAGAUUGACUUAUGAAUUUAAAGGUCACUCUCUACUGCAAGCAGCCAGAGAAGCAGACCUAGCCAAAGUUAAAAAAACACUUGCUUUGGAAAUCAUUAAUUUCAAACAACCACAGUCUCAUGAAACUGCCCUGCACUGUGCUGUGGCCUCCCUGCAUCCCAAACGAAAACAAGUGACAGAACUAUUACUUAGAAAAGGAGCAAAUGUUAAUGAAAAAAAUAAAGAUUUCAUGACUCCCUUGCAUGUUGCAGCAGAAAGAGCUCACAAUGAUGUCAUGGAAGUUCUACAUAAGCAUGGAGCAAAGAUGAACGCACUGGACACUCUUGGUCAGACUGCUUUGCAUAGAGCUGCCCUAGCAGGCCACCUGCAGACCUGCCGCCUCCUGCUGAGUUACGGCUCCGAUCCCUCCAUCAUCUCCUUACAAGGCUUUACGGCAGCGCAGAUGGGGAACGAAGCGGUGCAGCAGAUUCUGAGCGAAAGUACACCUAUACGCACUUCUGAUGUUGACUAUCGGCUCUUAGAGGCAUCUAAAGCUGGAGACUUGGAAACUGUGAAGCAACUUUGCAGCCCUCAAAAUGUGAAUUGCAGAGAUUUGGAGGGUCGGCAUUCUACACCUCUACACUUUGCAGCAGGCUACAAUCGUGUGUCUGUUGUGGAGUACCUCCUACACCACGGGGCCGAUGUCCACGCCAAAGACAAAGGUGGCUUGGUACCCCUUCAUAAUGCUUGUUCAUAUGGACACUAUGAGGUAGCGGAACUUUUAGUAAGGCAUGGGGCUUCUGUCAAUGUGGCGGACUUAUGGAAGUUUACCCCUCUGCAUGAAGCAGCAGCUAAAGGAAAAUAUGAAAUCUGCAAGCUCCUUUUAAAACAUGGAGCAGACCCAACCAAAAAGAACAGAGAUGGAAACACACCAUUAGAUUUGGUAAAAGAGGGAGACACGGACAUCCAGGACCUGCUGAGGGGAGACGCCGCCUUACUGGACGCUGCCAAGAAAGGCUGCCUGGCGAGAGUGCAGAAGCUCUGCACGCCAGAGAAUAUCAACUGCAGGGACACCCAGGGCAGAAACUCCACCCCUCUGCACCUGGCGGCAGGCUACAAUAACCUGGAGGUAGCUGAAUAUCUUCUGGAGCACGGAGCAGAUGUUAAUGCCCAAGACAAAGGUGGUUUAAUUCCUCUUCAUAACGCAGCAUCCUAUGGGCAUGUGGACAUAGCGGCAUUGCUGAUAAAAUACAACACGUGUGUAAAUGCAACAGACAAGUGGGCGUUUACUCCUCUUCAUGAAGCAGCCCAGAAAGGAAGGACACAGUUAUGUGCCCUACUCCUAGCACAUGGUGCAGAUCCAACUAUGAAGAACCAGGAAGGCCAGACACCUUUGGAUCUGGCGACGGCAGACGACAUCAGAGCUUUGCUGAUAGAUGCCAUGCCCCCGGAGGCCUUACCUACCUGUUUUAAACCUCAGGCCACCGUAGUGAGUGCCUCUCUGAUCUCACCAGCAUCCACCCCCUCCUGCCUGUCUGCUGCCAGCAGCAUCGAUAACCUCACUGGCCCUUUAGCGGAACUGGCCGUAGGAGGAGCGGCCAACACAGGGGAUGGAGCAGCGGGUGCAGAAAGGAAGGAGGGAGAAGUUGCGGGUCUUGACAUGAAUAUCAGCCAAUUCCUGAAAAGCCUUGGUCUUGAACACCUUCGGGACAUCUUUGAAACAGAACAGAUUACACUAGAUGUACUGGCUGAUAUGGGUCAUGAGGAGUUGAAAGAAAUAGGCAUCAAUGCAUAUGGACACCGCCAUAAAUUAAUCAAAGGAGUAGAAAGACUCUUAGGUGGACAACAAGGCACCAACCCUUAUCUGACUUUUCACUGUGUUAAUCAGGGAACUAUUUUGCUGGAUCUUGCUCCAGAGGAUAAGGAAUAUCAGUCAGUAGAAGAAGAGAUGCAAAGUACGAUUCGAGAACACAGAGAUGGUGGUAAUGCUGGUGGCAUCUUCAACAGAUACAAUGUCAUUCGAAUUCAAAAAGUUGUCAACAAGAAGUUGAGGGAACGAUUCUGUCACAGACAAAAGGAAGUGUCUGAGGAGAAUCACAACCAUCACAAUGAGCGCAUGCUAUUUCACGGUUCUCCUUUCAUUAAUGCCAUUAUUCAUAAAGGGUUUGAUGAGCGACAUGCAUACAUAGGAGGAAUGUUUGGUGCCGGGAUUUAUUUUGCUGAAAACUCCUCCAAAAGCAACCAGUAUGUUUAUGGAAUUGGCGGAGGAACAGGCUGUCCCACGCACAAAGAUCGCUCGUGUUAUAUAUGUCACAGACAAAUGCUUUUCUGUAGAGUGACCCUUGGCAAAUCCUUUCUGCAAUUCAGCACCAUGAAAAUGGCUCAUGCCCCUCCAGGACAUCACUCAGUGAUCGGGAGACCAAGUGUGAACGGGCUGGCAUAUGCUGAAUAUGUCAUCUACAGAGGUGAACAGGCCUACCCAGAGUAUCUCAUCACAUACCAGAUCAUGAAGCCAGAAGCUCCUUCGCAAACCGCCACAGCCUCGGAGCAGAAGACCUAGUGAAGGCCCCCAGGGAAAAACCAGAUCGGAUUUAAACUUGGGACUGGAUUACAGUGGAUUGUUUCCAACAAAAUCAAUAUUCCGUAAAUCCCUGACAGCCUAGAAAUAAGCUGUUUGUCUUUUAUAAAGCAUUGCUAUAGUGAUGAAUAUAGUAUGAGUAACUGAUAAAUACUCAACUGCUACUGUUCCCUUUGAGGAAAUGUUUACAGGGGCGGCCUUUUAACAUAUCUCAGGCUCAUUUGCAUUGCAAUUGUCCAUUUCUAAAACAAGAUUGCUUUGAUCUGGGCUUGGAAAUGGAAAAACAAAACAUACUUUCCCAAAUUUCACAAUUUACACACUACAUUUGCUUUGUUACAUAUGGCACGUGUAUGCAACAAAUACCUAUGUCAGGCUCAUUUUAAAUGUUUUAUAAACAUGCAUCAUUCUUUUUUUUUUCCUUUUCCUUUUUUUUUUUUUUUUUUUUUGGUAUGUGUUUUUGUUUACUUUGAAAAUGAGCCAGAGCCUUCUCGAGGAUAUUUUGCACAAAGUCACACUGACUAAAAUCAUUAGCAAUGCAACAUGAGCUUCUGGCUGAGCAAGACUUAGUUUCCUCUUUUUUUUCACUCUGAUCUAUUUUGUAUCUGUACUUCGUAUCAUUGUAAAUCGGGUGGGGAAGGAAAAACAUCAGGUUUUAGUUUCCUUUUAUGACUUGGCCAGUCUUACAAGGGAAAGGCACACAGGUCAAACUGACUUAGGAGCUCGCUAGCCCAGAAAAGUGGAAGCUGCUGUGGGCCCCUGCUCUUCCCAUUCCAGCCUGCCUUCGAGGUGUUGGGAGGGGAGCUAGUGCGGAGACCUCCGAAGAGCGCAGCCGGGGAAAGGGGGGGGGGGGGGGGAUGUGUGAUGUGUCUCGGAGCUCAGGAAACACCACGGGACGGUGUGGGGGACCCCACUGACGCAUGGGAGGAGCACGUGGUUGCAGGAUACCGUGGUAGGAAAGGCUCGCAGGGCCUCCUCCAAGAAAAAGUACGUCUCUUCGCCUAAUCCGGACCGCCGGAAGAGUCACCCCCGAAAUUAGCUGCCUUAUUUCCAAAUUGAGUGGAAUUAUUGUACUCUAUUAGAGUCACAAAAAUCUUCACGGUUUCUCCAGUUCAAAAAGCUAAAGUUCACAUCGUCUUUAGUAGAUAGAUGUGCAGGGACUUUUGUGUUUACUCCAGAUUGGGGCUUAUUUUGAGUGAGGUGCUUCAGAUAGUUUAUAGAGGUCCCUGCACUACGUUUCCGAACCGUUUCUUCAAACUUCUUAACAGACAAGGAGAACAAAAACUGAAACCAAAGCUCUUUUCGGUUAUUUUUAUAAAUGAAGGUGGAGAAAUACUAUACUGUUUCUGCAGGAAGUUACUACUUUGUUUUGCAUGUUUUAAUCAAUAUUUGCCCGGUGCACAUCAAUGCUCGUAAAAGAUUACCCAUUCCAGUUUUUACACUCGCCCUUUUCACCCGAACUGAAUAUCGAAUUGACUACGUUAACUCACUUACUUUGACACGCUGUGCAUCUUCUCAGCUUUGAAGCAAAAGUAACAUAAAUGUGGUUAGGAAAAAAAAGAAAAGGAGAAACAGUGUGACAACAAACUUGCCGUUUCAACUUCAAUUUCUGAAAACCGAUUUAUUUUUUAAUGCAGGCUGAUUAAGCUGUGACCUCAUUUACUCUCCUAAAGGAAAAUAAAAUGGUUACAUGCAAAAAUUCUAGAAUAGGCUCUUAAAGUAUACACUUAGCUUUCUUUUUGGCUGAGUCCAGUGCUAGAACUAGGCAUCGGGAACUAGUUUGAGUUUUAUAGCAGAAUCUUGCAUGGGUCCUCAAAAUGAAAUCAAGAAUUAGCCUCAGUUGUUGCUUCUAUUGAAGUUAUAGUGACCCAAGCUGGGUGUUCGUGUCUUGGCUACCUGUGUAAUAGCACUAGAAUUCCAUACGAAGCUUCCGAGUUUAAUAUUUGUUAAGAAGGCUUUUUUCCUCCUUUCCUUCUUUUUUGCCGUGUGUAACAAUGGGUUGAAGGAAUGGCAUCUGUAUUGUUUUCAGUAGCUGUGAAAGUGUAUAAUACUUGCCUCCCCACUUAGAAAUAGUUUAAACUGGUAAACACAGCUGUGAUUUUUAGUUCAGUAAAAGGGUUAAUAUGGUAUAGAUCUCAAAAGCUUUAUAGCUUUAUUAAAAAGAUAAGCCACUGCUCAACUGUGGUUAUAUGUUGUUUCCAUCAUACUAACUAGAUUAAUGGAUGUGUUAAACUUCAGCCUUACACUUGAGAAGUCCACCUGUGGUUCAGUAUCUAACCCGCCGAUGUUCCGUAUCUGAUGUUCCGUGUGCCGAGUAAAGGUACUUGUGUAAGGAA